CAUCUUUAACACAACACAGAGCCGCAUCAUCAAUCUUAAUGAGGACUAACGUUAGCCUGUAGCUAAUGUUAGCUACCAGACAUCAACAGGAAGCAACGGGCUAGCUAAAUUCCAAUGUCUUGCACUUUGAGUUCUCCAGGCAUGAACUGUACCCUAGAGAAGGUCUUGGCAGAUGCCAAAUCAUUAGUGGAAAGGCUUCGUAACCACGACAAUGCUGCUGAGAUGUUAAUCGAACAGACGACAACCCUCAACAAGCGAGUGGACGCCAUGAAACAGUACCAGGAAGAGAUUGACGGAUUGAACCAGGUGGCACGACACCGGCCCCGUUCCAGUCUGGUCCUCGGAAUCCAGCAGGAAAACCGUCAGAUCCGAGAGCUCCAGCAGGAAAAUAAAGAGCUGCGGACAUCGUUGGAGGAACACCAGUCUGCGUUAAAGCUCAUCAUGACCAAAUACAGGGAGCAGGUAUUCAGGCUCCUCAUGGCCAGCAAGAGGGACGACCCCACCAUCGUGACCCAGCUGAAGGAGCAGCACACCACGGAAAUGCAGGCACACAUAGACAAGAUCAACGAGAUGGCCUCUGUGAUGAGAAAGGCGAUAGAGGUCGAUGAGGGGCGGAUAUGUGAAGAUGAGGAGAGGAUUAAACAGCUUGAGCUGGAGAACAGUGGACUCCGAGAGCUGCUGGGAAUCAGCCGCGAGGCUUUCCUCAUUCUCAAGAGAGAGGACACAUCAGAGAGCACGUCGCUGUCGCCGCUACUGACCAGCGCCGACGUCAGCUUACGAAAAAGCUAGGGGCCCAGAUCAUUGCCCAACCCCCAACUGCUGCCACCAUUGUGUACAGUGUGUACAGUCCGCUGCCACAAACUACUUCACCUUUCACCCUAAAGACUCUAUACAAUGCCCCCCCCCCCCGCCUUCUUUGGCUGUAUUUACAGCAUCAUGCUACAGAGUUGUAUCCCUGUCUGGUGAUUCAGACAAGAGCAGCGUGUACACAUCUUUCUUUCUUUCUUUUAUUUUUAUUUUUUUUAAUUGUUGGUACUUGUGUUAUGUUUGCUAAUUUUGCCAGCAUGCAUGAACCUGUGGUGCCUGCAAUGUUCUGAAGUGUGAAUGAGUCAAAGAAGGGCUUGAGUUUAAAAUAAAUCUGUAAAACAUGAAA